AUGUUCGCGAUCUCGCCCCUGGAGAUACUGUGCAUUAACAUGUUGACGUCCUUAUUUCGGGACUUUGGCCCCAGCCGGGAGUAUGCACGACAAGAGCCGUGGUGUCUGUACGAAGUAGACCUCGUCGACAUGCUUGUCUACGGGCCGCUGAUGGGCCUGCGUCCCCGUCUUCCGCGCGCGCGCCACCUCUUUGCCGAGCUGACCUGGCUCAUCCUCGUGAGCUCCUGGGAAUUCAAGGACAUCCGCCACAACAUGUUCCGCCUGAACCCGGACGGGACCAGCGCAUUCCAGAUCUUCAAGGACCUGAUCAGGUUCCUGUUCUCGACCAUGACCAUUGGCGCACUGAGCGUGUUCCCAGUCAUCUACAUCUACAUCCGCGUCUUCAACCACAGCGUCUUCGGGCACACGGGCAUCAAGUGGAAGUGA